CUUGACUACACCACUCUAUACAUCUUCGACAUGCAUAGUCUACGAAGAUCUAAUGUUUAAUCACACAGCUUAAGCAAGGGAAAGAGAACAAAAUGGACCCCCACCUCAAAAUGGAUCUGAAAAUGGAUCCCAAAAUGGACACCAGGAAGAUCAGCGCCCAGCGUCUUCCCCCGCCGGUCCUCUUCCAAGGCCCCCCAUCCCAUAACGCCUCCAAUCUCUCCCUCCCACCACCGGUCUCCGCAGUCCCAACAGCCGGAACCAGUCCGCGCCCGCCUCUCCAGCGGAAUCGCUCCUCUCGGGGCCUGGAUGCCCCAGGGUCCCUGUCGCCGUUCCUCAGCCGAAAACAGUCCAAGGGGGAGGUGGAUGGCUCCGAGGCAAUCUGGCAGGAGAUGCAGAGUGCGUUGUCGGAGGUGGAAUUGAGUGCCGCCACGGGGGAACAUGUCUUUGGGGAAAAGCAUUCCGAGGCGUUGGAGGAUCUCCGCAUGAAACAGCUGAAGCUCGCGCAGGCGUGGGCGCGCAGUGAGGCGGGGGAUGAAGUCGUGGAGGGGAAGGGGGCGGCUGUCGCAAAGAGUAAUGCCUCUUUGAGACCGGCGUCGCGCAGUACGGCUGGGGCUGGGGAGGCGGGGAAUAUGGAGGAUGGGGCUUCGAGGAACUUGGAUGAGGAGACGGAGAAGGAUAUUCUUCUGGCGCGGGAGAGACGUGAGGCGAAUGAUCGGUACUUUGAUCGGGUUAAUAAUGGGGUGCUGGAUGUUGUCGCGAAACUGGAGGAGGUUGCUCAGGCUAUGCGCGCGGUCGAGAGGGAGAGCAAAGACAUCUGGAGCGAUACUGAUAGUCUGAGUACGACGACGCAGACGACUGAUACUGGAUGACGUUGUUUGGCUCUGCAGCGAUUUAUGACUGAAACUGUGACUGCUCUGUAGAGCGAGGUGGCUGGCCUGCAUGAUGGCUGACAGUUGAUGUGCAUUCCUCCAGGGGCUGUAUAUAUCUAGCCAACGCAGUCCACAGCCUGACUGCCAUCCGGCAACAGCAUGCUCAACCGAUCGAGUCUGCGAACUGUACAUCAUCGCUUACCUUGAACCACAAUGCAGAUAUCCACCUAACUCACCAGUAGUACCAUAUCCAACCCAUUCCCCAAGCAC